AUGACCACCGGAUCUCAGCCGUCGAUGUCUCAAUUACAGACGUCAAGAGUGAGUCCAAAUACAGUGGAAGAUGCAGUCAAGUCCUUGGUCAACUGGAGAAACGAGAAAUCGAAGACGGAGAAGGAGCAGCUUGUAGAGCAGGACGAGUUCGUUUACCUAAUCGUAACACUGAAGAAGAUUCCACAGACGAGCCGUAUUAAUCCUUAUCGUAUCAGUCUUCCUCAUCCGAUUAUUAAACCUACCGAAGAUUCGCCGGAGCUCUGUCUCAUCAUCGACGAUAGACCGAAAAGCGGUAUCACCAAGGAAGACGCGAUUAAGAAGAUCAAAUCGGAGAACAUACCCAUCACUAAGGUUCUUAAGCUCUCAAAGCUGAAAACUGAUUAUCGACCUUUCAUGGCGAAACGGAAGCUUUGCGAUUCAUACGACAGGUUUUUCUCCGAUCGGAGAGUGAUUCAUAUGUUGCCGAGAUUGUUUGGGAAGAAAUUCUUCGUGAACAAGAAGGUUCCAUUGCCGAUCGACUUGAAGCAUAAGAACUGGAAGGAGCAGAUCGAGAAAGCAUGUGGAGCUACUAUGUUCUUCUUGAGAACAGGGACUUGUAGUGUCGUCAAAGUUGGGAAAUUGUCGAUGCAGAGCGAUGAAAUCGCCGAGAAUGUGAUGGCCACUUUGAGUGGAGUAGUCGAUAUUUUGCCUGGUAACUGGAAUUACGUUAGGUCGUUGCAUUUGAAGUUAUGUGAGAGUCUGGCUUUGCCUAUAUAUCAGGCGGUGCCUGAUUUGAAGCUCAAAAUCGAUUCAUUUGAUGAAGAAUCAGUUGAAAGUGAUGUUGAUGAGAGUGAGAGUACUGUUGUCUCGGUGAAGAACAAGAAGAAGAAAGGGAGGAUUGAUGAGGUUAGAUAUAUGGAUAGUAAUGUAUCUGAGACUCUUGGGGAUGAUGAAAUCGGAAUGAAUGUUGAAGAUGAGGUUACUGGAGAUCUCAAUGGCUCUGGAGAUAAGAAGAAGACGAAGAAGAUGAGUAAGAAGUCUGCAGUGAGUGAGAAACCGGUGAAGAAAUCAGCCAUUGUGAAGAAGAAAGAGAAGAGUAAGAAUGGGUUAAAGUCGAAAAAGAAAAAGAAUGACAUUGAUGAAUCUGGUGGUGGAUUAAAAGAGAAGGCUAAGAGGAGGAAGAGUUUUCGUUGAUAAGUGAUCCAAAGAAGAUGCUCGAUAAGUAUAUGUAUAACUAAGUAUUCUAUUCUUUCUGAAGUGGUUUUUUGGUACUAAUUAUGAUUUUUUCUUACCAUCAUGGUUCUGAUACAUU